CUUGUGUAUCUUCAUCUGGACAUCUCUGUAAGAAGAAGUAGAGAAAAGAUGCAGAGGAAAAGUUUAUUGCUGGCAGCCGUUCUACUGCUGUGUGUUGGGGCUGGAUUUGUGACAGGCCAGUUUUAUGAUGAUGAUGAUGAAGAAGAACAUGUUUUGUUGGAUAACAAAUGUAAGUCUAUAAAGGUGACAUCCAAAAUGGUCCCGUCAAAGGAAAAUCCCCAAGAGAAGAUUUUACAAAGAAAUAUCAAAAUAAGGGUUCCACUAAAAGCCAGGGAGAACAUUUCAGAUCCAAUAUCUCCACUGCGGACCAAUUUUGUUUAUAAUCUCGCACAGCUAUUUAAGAAAUGCGAUCCUGUUUUGGCCUCUCAGGGAAACUGUAAUGCUGAUUCAGAAGAUGUCUGCUACGCUUAUGACAGGAACAAAUGUUACACCUGGGACAUCCCGUUUAUCAGUGAAGGCAAAACUAUCAUCAAGAGAGCAGCUCUUAACCCUGAAUCGUGUUAUGAGUAAAUAUGCAAACACAACAGUAGAAUACAACAUCAUAGAAAAAUGUCUUGUACAAAAUAUAUUUUAAUGUUAAGUGUCGUAGCCUGUAGAAUGUCAUUGUAAUGUCCAUCUGAUAAGCAAAGGUGUGGACAUCAGCAAUGUAUAAAUUGGAGUUGUAC